AUGAGUCAUAAAGUUGAAGUGACGAUUCGUCGUCUGGUGGUGGUGCCAUUGGGAUGCGGAUUGCAUCACGAUUACCCAAAUUUAAAAGUGCGCAUAGGGAGUCACGCUUGGACAUUCCGCUGCGAUAUUUUCUCACCACGUGUGGGUACGUAUUUACCAAGUGCAAUAGUUCCAGUGAAAGAUGGUGGUGCAUAUUUGUCUCGGUGUUUGGAUUCACUCCUUGAGCAGGUGGUAUGUUCGAAAUUUGUUAUCGAGCUUUCAUUAUUCGACGAUGGCAGUUCAGAUAAUACUUCCAGUAUCAUAAAACUCUAUAAAUCGAAAUUUUUGGAAAAAGGCAUCAAUGUUAUUAUUGGAAGUAGCGAACAUUCCAAGGGCGUAGGUUUUGCGAAAAACAGUUGUGUACGGCAAUGUAGUGGAUCGGUUUUAAUAUUCUGUGAUGCAGAUGAUAUCUCAGCGAAGCACCGUUUCAUCUCGCUAUAUAAUGUUUUGCAUAAUGCACUGAGACCUGACUUGACUCUUGUUGGUUCAAGAUUUGAACGCAUCCCGUCUGAGUCAACAUCACGUUAUACACAGUGGGCUAAUUCACUUAACAAUAAACAAAUUUAUAAUCAGGUUUUCACUUCCUAUGGACCCUCAAUGAUCGCUCCUACCUGGUGUAUGUCGAAAAAGCUUUAUGACAAAAUUGGAGGUUUUCAUGAAAGAGAACCAGUGGGUUAUCCGGAAGAUUUACGCUUUUUUUAUGAUGCUUUGAAAAUUGGUGCAGAUUUUGUAAAGAUUGAGGAAUCUUUGGUUACUUAUCGUUAUCAUCCAAAGUGUACCUCUUUAUAUGUAACGGAAAAAAUGAUAUGGAAGAUGCGUAUAGCUAUGUUUGAGGAACUGGUUCUUUCAAAGUGGAAAAAAUUUAUGAUUUGGGGUGCUGGCAAAAUUGGAAAAAAGUUUUACAGGUCAUUAAGUAAUGAGAAUCGUUUAAAGGUGACAGCUUUUUGCGACAUUGAUGUAAAAAAACUUUACUGCGGACGUUAUGAAUAUUUUGUUCCAGGUCAGCGGAGAGUCCUUGCUACAGUCCCAAUUAUCCCGCUGAAUGAAGUGGUUGCUCCGAUUGCUAUAUGUUUAAGAAUGGACUUUCUUGACUGCAACGAAAUCAUGAUGAUGAUCGCGCGGUACUGCAUUCGACGAGUUGUUUGUCCGCAGCUUAUGUUGUGGAGGGGUUUAGCAGCCAGAGUACCGGAUGUGAAAGUCCGCUUUAAAAAUAGAGGUGAAACUUUGGAAGCAAUGGGUAAAAUAGGUCAGUCGUUAUAUGAGGUAGUCGUUAAUGCUGAUUUACCUAUUGAUGGUUAUGGAGCAUGCGAAGGUACUUUAGCCUGCUGUACGUGCCACGUCAUUCUUCAGUCAGAACAUUAUAAAAGAUUGCCUCUACCAGUUGAAGAGGAGCUCGACUUGUUAGAUCUAGCACCUGAAGCAACGGAUUUCUCACGUCUUGGUUGUCAAAUAAAGUUAACGGAAGAAGAUCUACCGGGCGUAGAGGUCAUCGUACCGUCCGAAAUUCGUGAUGCAAGAGCCAACGAUUAG